GCAGAUUGUAUUUGGAUCGCCUUUAAGAAGGCAGCAAGAAGAGCCACUGCUGGAGAAGUGGAGAGAACUUUGUUGAGAAGCUUUUGCUCUAUUAAAAGUCAACAAUGACUUCCAAGGAAGAGGCAAAAUCUUCAUCUGUAGAAGAGAGGAGAAGAAGUGCACUUGAUCAUCUGCCACCUCCUGCAAAUUCUAACAAGCCACUUACACCUUUCAGCAUUGAGGAUAUCUUAAAUAAACCCUCAAUCAGAAGAAGCUACACUAUAUGUGGGACUGCUCACCUUCUGACAACAGCAGAAAAACCACCUCCUACAGGGUUACCGUUGUCCAGCAGAGGACUUCUGUCCCAAACCUCACCUCUCUGUGCCCUGGAAGAACUGGCCAGCAAAACCUUUAAAGGGCUUGAAGUUAGUGUCCUACAGGCAGCUGAAGGUAGGGAUGGAAUGACCAUUUUUGGCCAACGACAAACACCCAAAAAGAGGAGAAAGUCCAGAACAGCUUUUACCAACCAUCAGAUCUACGAACUAGAGAAAAGAUUUUUAUAUCAGAAAUAUUUAUCACCUGCUGACAGAGACCAAAUUGCUCAACAAUUGGGACUGACAAAUGCCCAGGUCAUAACUUGGUUCCAGAAUCGCAGAGCUAAGCUCAAGAGAGACCUGGAGGAGAUGAAAGCAGAUGUGGAAUCUGCCAAAAAACUUAGCCCAAACACAGUGGAAGCGGUUCUCACUAUAUCAGAGCUGGAAGAAAACAGUUCUCUGAAUGGUAGUGUUAAAAGCAGUUCUGGAUCCCCCCAUCAUGGACAUAGUCAUCUCCACCUUUCCCCUUCAUCCCCUAUUUCAGAUCAGCACACAAGCCAAGAGUGUUCAGAGGAUGAAGAAGACGUUGAAAUUGAUGUAGAUGACUGAUUUAUUUUUUUAAAACACAAAAGACUAAUAACUGAACCAAGCAUGGACAGUAUUUAUACGCUGCUCUUGAUUCACAAAUAUCAAAAACUGAACACAAAAAUAUUUACAACGAAGGCAGA